AUGUCGGAUUCUAAGAUCUAUAUCUCUUACGAGUGUGUUCACAAACUCUGUCAGGAGGCUGCUGACAAUCUGAGGCAAUUUAACCCUGAGGUUAUCAUUGCCAUUGGCGGUGGAGGUUUCAUCCCUGCCCGUAUUUUGCGCACGUUCCUCAAAGAGAAGGGCCACAAGAACAUUCCCAUCCAGGCGAUUGGUCUGUCUUUGUAUGAGGAUCUUGGAAACGCCGAGUAUGAGGAGAAGAUCGGUAAGGAGGUCAUUCGCACGCAGUGGCUCGAUUUCUCCUCGCUCAAUGAGCACAAGGUCGACUUGAUUGGCAAAAAUCUGCUCAUUGUCGACGAGGUUGACGACACCCGUACCACUCUCCACUAUGCCGUCAAGGAGCUCGCCAAGGACUUGGACGAUCUUGCCAAAAAGCUUGGCCGCGACAGCGAAAAGACCACCAUCUCCGUUUUCGUGCUCCACAACAAGGAUAAGCCCAAGAAGGCUGAGCUCCCUGAGGAGAUGAUGGCCACUGGUCGCUACUUUGCCGCCCGCACCACCGCCGAUGAGUGGAUCGCUUACCCGUGGGAGGCUGCAGACAUCGAUGUCCACACCGAGCACGCUCGCGCACAAGGAAACAUUUAA